AGUAGAGGAGUUCGCAGUCAGUCCCGUACUCCUCCAGUCUCCUCUCAGUACAGCGCCGCCUAUCGUCAGCAAUAAUCAUGUCCGUCAGAACGAGCAAAGUUACUUACCGUACCUCCAGCAGUGCCGUGCCCCGCUCCGCCGGCUUCAGCAGCUUCUCCUACAGCGGAGCCCCGGCCGGAGCCAGAGCCAGCCAGGCGUCCUUCUCUCUGGGCUCCAGCUAUGGAGGGUCCCGCUUCGGCAGCGGCUACAGGACGGCGUAUGGGGGAGCCGGGAUGGGAGGAGGAAUGGGCUCUGCCGGGAUCACCAAUGUCAGUGUCAACCAGAGCCUGCUGGCCCCCCUCAACCUGGAGAUCGACCCCCAAAUCCAACAGGUCCGAACCCAUGAGAAGGAGCAGAUCAAGACCCUCAACAACAAGUUCGCCUCCUUCAUUGACAAGGUUCGCUUCUUGGAACAACAGAACAAGAUGCUGGAAACCAAGUGGGGCCUUCUUCAGAACCAGAAAACAACCCGCAGUAACAUGGAUGGCAUGUUUGAGGGCUAUAUAAACAACCUGCGCCGCCAGCUUGACUCCUUGGGCCAGGAGAAGCUGCGUCUGGAAUCUGAGCUUGGAAACAUGCAGGGUCUGGUGGAAGACUUCAAGAACAGAUAUGAAGAUGAGAUCAACAAGCGUACUGAAAUGGAGAAUGAGUUUGUCCUGCUGAAGAAGGAUGUGGAUGAGGCUUACAUGAACAAAGUGCAAUUAGAGGCAAAACUGGAAAGUCUAACAGAUGAGAUUAACUUCCUGCGUCAUCUUUAUGAGGAGGAGCUUCGUGAGCUGCAGUCCCAGAUUUCUGACACUCAAGUUGUCCUGUCUAUGGAUAACAACCGAAACUUGGACCUGGACAGCAUCAUUGCAGAAGUGAAGGCUCAGUAUGAAGAGAUCGCCAACAAGAGCCGUACUGAAGUUGAAAGCAUGUACCAGCUGAAGUACCAAGAACUUCAGACAUCUGCUGGACGUCACGGUGAUGACCUCAAGAACACAAAGACUGAAAUCAGCGAGCUCAACCGUUACAUCACACGGCUGCAGUCUGAGAUUGACGCCCUUAAAGCACAGCGUGCAAACCUUGAAGCACAGAUUGCAGAGGCUGAGGAACGUGGGGAACUGGCACUGAAGGAUGCCCGCAGCAAGCUGUCUGAGCUGGAGGGUGCUCUACAAAAGGCCAAGCAGGACAUGGCUCGCCAACUGAGAGAAUACCAGGAACUGAUGAAUGUCAAACUGGCUCUGGAUAUUGAGAUUGCCACUUACAGGAAACUGCUGGAAGGAGAGGAGAGCAGGCUGGAAUCCGGUUUUCAGAACCUUAGUAUUCAGACCAAGACCACCGGUUACUCAGGAGUUAGCAGUGCCUACAGUGGUGGACUACAAAGUGGAUUCAGUGGUGGAUAUGGUGGUGGAUAUAGUAGUGGAUUAGGUAGUGGAAUGGGGGGCAAUUAUUCAUAUGCCAGCAGUGUCAAUUCCUCCCCCCUGGAAACCUCCAGAACCAAACGCAGCAUUGUAGUGAAGACCGUUGAGACCAAAGAUGGGAGAGUUCUGUCCGAGUCCUCAGACAUCUUCUCAAAAUGAGUGCCUUUUCCACUGAUGCAUUAAGCUGUCCCACAGCCAGGACUCUAUCUCAGAUGAGCCUUCAAGGCAGAAAUCAGGACUGUUGGCGUAGAUGUCUUUAAACUUUUUAUUUCCUUUGGACAUUUUAACCCAGAUCAAGCUUAUUCCAGCUUGUGCCAUCAAAGUGGCACCAGUGCUAGACAAUAACUGGUGCUCUCCCUACUUUGAGAUUUAAAAAUGUUUACUUGUAUGUGAAAAUGGGAUAACAGGAGGAACUAGAUGUGAGUGCUUUAUUGUACUGCUGCACCAACUUGCAUUGAUUCCUUCCCAGCAGGCUCAACUUAAGGCGGUCAUGGUUUCCAGUGGGCUCAGCUGUCUCCUCUUCCUUUAUUCCUUACUUGGCUUCCUGUGCAAUUCUUACCACAAACUGCUAGGUAAACUCUUGCAGUGUGCUUUGUCCAUCCUUUGCUAGGUGAAUAUUGGAAGUGCUCAUCUUGUCUUGCACCUUCUAAUCUCCUCUUAAUAAACAUUUUUUUUAAAAAGUC